GAGAUUUAGGUUGCAGCUCCUCGAUAGGUCGACACUCCCGUACCUUCGACUCCACAUCCCACUUCAUUGCGCUCGCUCGGUGUCAAUCUCGUCUGUAAAACCCUCCCCCGAGAUAUCAAAUAGGCCGUGUGGCGCCCUGGAUCCUGCACUGUUUGCCCAGACGGCAUCCGCUCCAUUCAAACACUGAGUGCGUCUCUGCUGCGGUGCGUUGCGCGCAGGCUGGAGAGAGAUGACAAGAGCCCCGCGGAACUGGCCAGACAAACAUGGAUCUCCGUAAAACACUGAUUUCGGUGCUUUGGAUAUUAUUGCUGAACUUAGAAGAAGACUGUCACGCUGAGGAAGUGGUGCUGCUGAAUUCUAAAGAGACUCAGGCAGAGUUGGGUUGGACGUCAUAUCCCCCCAAUGGAUGGGAGGAGAUAAGUGGUGUAGAUGAGAAGUACAAGCCUAUCCGGACGUACCAGGUGUGCAACGUGAUGGAGCCCACGCAACAGAACAACUGGCUGCAGACCGGUUGGGUGGCUCGCCGAGGUGGCCAGCGCAUUUUCGUGGAGCUCCAGUUCACGCUGCGUGACUGCAACAGCAUCCCUGGUGUGGCGGGCACCUGUAAGGAGACCUUCAACCUCCUCUAUGUGGAGUCAGACAGGGACCUCGGGGGUGUGACCCGAGAGGACCGCUACACCAAGAUUGACACCAUUGCUGCUGAUGAGAGCUUCACGCAGGGUGACCUGGGUGAGAGAAAAAUGAAGCUGAACACGGAGGUGCGUGAGAUCGGCCACCUCAACCGCAAGGGCUUCCACCUGGCUUUCCAGGACGUCGGCGCCUGCGUGGCCCUAGUGGCUGUGCGAGUGUACUACAAACGCUGCCUUGCAACCGUCCAGAACCUGGCAGUGUUCCCCGACACAGUGGCUGAGGCGGCCUUCGCCACGCUGGUAGAGGUGCGCGGCACCUGCGUCAACAACUCUGAGGUUGACACAGACAGCCCUCCCAGGAUGCAUUGCAGUGCCGAAGGGGAAUGGCUGGUGCCCAUUGGGAAGUGCAGCUGCAGUGCCGGCUACGAGGAGGGACACAGCAGCUGUGAAGCGUGUCCCCCUGGCUCCUACAAGAUGUCCUCCAGACAGCAGGAGUGUUUUCCCUGCCCAGCCAAUAGUGUCGCAGACGAGGAUGGAUCUGUGGUGUGUGUGUGUGAGGAGGACCACUUCAGAACCCCCCUGGACACACCCUCCGCACCAUGCACAAGGCCCCCCUCCCCACCUAGAGACUUGGUCUACACCCUGAAGCAGUCCACGCUGAUCUUGGAGUGGGCCGCACCAUCCGACACAGGAGGCAGGGCGGAUCUGACCUACAGCGUGGGGUGCCGGAGGUGCGUCGGAAGGCAGUGCGAACCGUGCUGGGCAAGUGUUGGCUUUGUGCCUCAGCAGGUUGGUCUGACAGAAAGAACAGUGACUGUGGUCAAUCUUCUCCCCAACACCAACUACACAUUUACUGUGGAAGCUUUGAACGGGGUGUCAGAGCUGCUGCCCAACAAGAGGUUCUACACCCAGGUCAACGUGUCAACAAGCCUGCCUGCACCAUCUCUGAUCAGUGAGCUGAAAGCAGAGAAGAUCGAGCAAAAGAGCAUAACCUUGGUGUGGAGGGAGCCCUCCUACCCAAACAGCAGCCGCACUGAAUAUGAGGUCAAAUACUAUGAGAAGGAACAAAAGGAUCAGAGUUAUUCUACUGUGAAGACUGCCGCCACACGGAUCAGUGUCAACAACCUCAAACCUGGCACCACAUAUGUCUUCCUCAUCCGCCCUUUCUCCACACCAGCCCCCUCCUCAUCCCUGUCCUCCCCCCCUCUCUCAUCCUCCUCGUCUUCAUCCUCUGCCUCCUCCUCGUCUUCCUCUACUUCUUCCUCCUCUUCUUCAUCGUCCUCCUCUUCGUCCUCCUCGCCGCCGCCCAUCGACUACGGAGCGUACAGCACUCCCCUGGAGCUGCAGACACUUGGCGAGUUGGCACUGGCGUCCAGCGAACAGAAUCCCGUGGUGAUCAUCGUCGUCGUGUCCGUGGCCGCCUUGAUCAUGCUGCUCUCCAUGGGAGUUGGACUGCUCAUCUGGAGGAGCAGCGUCUGCUCGAGCUCCUCCAAUGUAACUCCUGCUAGCGUGGUGCUGCUCUCGACCUCCUUCUCCACUCUUCCUCCUCCUCCUCCUCUUCUUUCUCCUCUUCCUCCCUUCACACAGCUGAUGCCCAGACAAUGCGGCUACAGCAAAGCUUCUCAAGAGGGAGACGAGGAACUUUACUUCCAGUUUAAGAUCCCAACACGGAGGACCUACAUUGACCCAGAGACCUGCGAGGACCUGCUGCAGGCUGUGCACGCCUUUGCCAAGGAGCUGGACAAUUCAAGCAUCAAGAUAGAGAGAAUUGUGCACACAGGCGACUUUGGUGAGGUGUGUCGUGGCUGUCUGAAGCUGCCUAGUAAGAGAGAGCUGCCGGUGGCCAUAAAGACGUUAAGGGCCGGCUGCUCUGACAAACAGCGCCGCUCCUUUCUCAGCGAGGCCGGUAUCCUGGGGCAGUUUGACCACUCCAACAUCAUCCGGCUGGAGGGCGUCAUCACCACCGGUAACACCAUGAUGAUCAUAGUGGAGAGCAUGUCUAACGGAGCCUUAGAUUCCUUCCUUAGGAAACAUGAGGGCCAGUUGAGUGUAAUGCAGCUGAUGGAUAUGUUGACUGGAGUGGCAUCAGGGAUGAAGUACCUCACUGAAAUGGGCUUCGUCCACAAACGUCUGGCUGCACACAAGGUGCUGGUUAACUCCAACCUGGGCUGCAAGGUAUCUGGCUUCAGACCUCUUCAGGAGGACAAGAUAGAGGCAAUCUACACUACACUGCAUGGAGGAAAGAGUGUGGUGCUGUGGACCGCUCCGGAGGCCAUCCAGUACCAUCGCUUCUCCUCGGCCUCAGAUGUCUGGAGCUUCGGCAUUGUUAUGUGGGAGGUCAUGUCCUAUGGAGAGAGACCCUACUGGGAUAUGGGCAACCAGGAUGUGAUCAAGGCCAUCGAGGAUGGUUUCAGGCUGCCGGCUCCAGUUAACUGCCCUCCACAUCUCCAUCAGCUCAUGCUGGACUGUUGGCAGAAGGAGAGGACAGAGAGGCCCAGCUUCAGCCAGAUCCACUCAGCCCUCAGCAAGUGCAUUCGCUCCCCUGAUGGCAUUGGUUCCUCCACACUGGCACGCAGGACCCUGAGUUCAUCCAUUACGCUAGCAGAGAGGCCACUCCCAUCCUUCCCAUCCUUUAACUCAGUGGGAGAGUGGCUAGACGCAGUGGACAUGGGCCGAUACAAGGACAACUUCACUGCAGCAGGAUACUGCUACUUAGAGUCUGUGGCACGAAUGACUGUACAAGAUGUAUUGAGCCUUGGCAUCACUUCCCUUGAGCACCAGAAGCUGAUACUGGCUGCCAUCCAGACCCUCAGAGCCCAGGUCAUCCAAAUGCACGGCCGAGGCGUACAGGUCUAACAAACAGGUCGACACACCUAGUCUCACACUGCUGCUGAAGACCCACACAUAUGUGCAGAUGGAUGAUGGGGCGGAGAAGAGGAGAGAGAGAGAGCGCUCUUCCAAACUGAAGGAAAGAUAAGCAGAUCUUUCAGCUAACUGCACUCCUCUAUCUACUCCUCCUUCCCACACUUCCUCAUGCCUUCCUUCUUUCCUUACUUCCUUUUUUCUAUGAAUCCCCUCAGAGACGAGCGGUGUUCCUGUCGCGAUUGUGGGAUAGCAGAGGAGUGAUGUCACGUGACUUUUUUUCUAUCUGCACUUUGACAUUCAAUAACUGUGUCAGCUCCAUCUCACUGGUUUGGAUCAGUGCGUAAAGACAAAUAAAAUAUUGUCUGUAGCAGGACUGGCUAAAGCUGACCUCUGAACUGCUGGAGGGGCACAAAUGUAACACGCUGCAAACACACUGGUUAUGGACUAGUGCUCAAAGAAACAUUUACAUUUUGGGUGGAAUUUCCCUUUACCACAACAUUGAUUGACUAAAAAAAAAUAUAUCGUCAAAGCCAGAAACUAUUUUACUGGCCUUGGAUCAAAUUACUCUUCUCUUCUCAGAACUGGCACAGCUGAUUUCACAUCAAACAGGAACUGAUUUAUUACAAGGACACACAAUCACAUCGUUGUAUGUCAGCGCUGAUCUCAUAUCAGAUGGUAAAGGAACAUUUCUUCAGAUUAAACAUGGCUGGAAUGUAAGCUACGGUUUCAGAGCAGCAUCUUAAGAAGACUGUGCUGUCCCAGUGAGUCCAGUGAGUCUGAGGUUAGAAGAGUUGGAUGAAGCCUCAACAAAGGCUAAAUGAACAGGGCUAGCAUACAGUAUAGUCCUAUAUACAGCAUAUACAGUGUGCUGAUGGGAUGAACAGAGCUAUAGUAAGUUAUGGGUGAUGAUAUACUGUACUUCUAGGAACAUCAGCCUGCUUUUUUUUUCUUUGGGGCUACUGAUGGUUAAACAAAAGCUGCAGGAUACAAUUAUAAAGCGAGAGGUCGGAAACGUGUGUUUGGUUGUUCAUUAAUUUGUCAUAUGUUGCUGUCUGUUUCGCUACUCUCAAUUGUAUUUUCUUUAUUUCAUUUAUCUUUCUCUUCUCUAUGCUUUGAAGUUGUUUUCUUUGUGCAUUUAAAACAUUUAAUUUUCCCUUCAGCCUGCUGGAUGUCAUCUCGGUAACAUAAUCCUCUUCUCCAAAGCCUCUCUCACUAACAUGUUUAAUAAUCUGUACAGAGCACGGGCCAACUCUGGAAGAUGGCCUGAUUCAGAUAUUUAUCCAUAUUUAUUUAUGUUUACAGACUGUAAGACACACCUCUCCAGAAAAAGAGGUAAGAAAGGUUUAUUUAACUUAUAGUAUUUAAAAAAAAAGAAAAGUUAAGCAAAGCAGUUGUCUCCACUUGGUUUGUUUCUAUUUUGUUGAUUUAUAUGACUGUGAGUUUAUACCUGGACAAAUUAGUUGUUUUGUACACAGGAAGUGAGAGAACACUGGAGGAUUUUGACUGUCAGCACACAGUAUCUGUGUAUUCUUGAACACUGGAUUUGGUACAGUUAAUUUUAGGUCCAUUAUCAUUGGAUUUGCUGUAUACAUUACAGAGUGUGUGUUGCAGUAUGGAUACAAUAUUACAGAAUGUCAUAGGGACUUUUUUUUCUAGUUUUUGGAUUAUCAUGUUUAAUUUUAUGUUGCUGUUAAUAUUAUGCUCUGCCAUACUAUGUGGUUGCACUUUUUUUCCAGAUAACUCCCAGAAUUCUCUCUGUACAGCAAUCUGUCCCUCACCUUUUCUGUCCUAUUUCAAUAGAAGACUUGAAGGAAGAAGUUUAUUGGGGCAUUAUUUGAUUAUCAUACAUUUUGACAAUAGAAGGUACAUGCAUUUUUGACUGGAAUAUUGUAACUGGUUUGUAUUUGGUACAAAAUUAGUUUUUUGUUCUUUCUCCUUGUACUCUCCUCUCUCUGUAACCGUUUUGUCAAAUUAAAUAAACUCAUAUGUUCUUAUAGAUGUUAUCACGCACGCUAACAUAUCUGAGGAAACACUCUGGUGGUCCCUUUGAGAGACACACACACACACACACGCACACACACACACACACACAAAAGACUACAAAGACACACACAUGCAGUCACUAACACACAACAAACUGGACCUCGUCACCACGAUGAAUGAAACUCAAUUUGUUUCCCCUCUCUAUCCCCCUCUCUGUUACUGUGACCAUUAUGAUAUAUGUUUAAUACUGUAAAUAUGUAUUUGAAAAUGCUAAAUCUAUUUUUAUAAUUUGUUUGAAGAACAAUGUGUUGAAUAUAAUAUCUGCUCACUGUGUAAGGGUUUUAUUUGUUUGAAUUUAGGGCCAUAGCCAAGAAACUCUGGUGUUUGGAAUAUAAAACUGAAAAAAAAAGUUUCUUUUUUCGUUAGUUUUUUGAUGAUUUUUACCUGUUAGAAGAAAAUCUGAUGGCUGUUGCAAUAUUGAAACGUGUUAUUAAAAAAUCUCCAAUACAAGCAAA